UCCAGGUUGGGGCCUGAUGUUUUUCGUGCUUUGCGUAAGUGGGUCGUCGGUGGGAUUGGGAUCGGGAUCGGGAGGGGUCUUACCACCCCCUGAGGCGGGGAGCCUGGAACGUUUUAUUCUCUGUGGGACAACACCAACAAUUUCUCUUCGUUAGAGCUGCGGUGAGAGAUUUAUUGCAAACCACAACUGAAGACGAGGGAUCAGGAACAAGCGAACCAGCCUGAGGACUUAGGGCUUCAACUGGAGAGGACCCAUCUGACUCGGAGAUUCCAGUGAUUCAGUCAGGACAAAGUUUGAAACUUGGAGAAGGAUGUCUGAGAAACGGAAUGAGAGAGCUGCGGGAGCCAUUUUCACUUUUUCUUCUCAUCGGGGUUAAGAGAUGAGAAGACUUCACAGGCGUGUGAUGUCGGGCAGUGAAGCGUGGAAGAUUUAAAAGGUUAAAAAUGACAAGGAAUUCAUCUGUGGGAAUCGUGAACACAACACACCAGUUUUGCUGUCUCUGUCCACGUAUAUAAGAAGUGAAGCAAGGGAUUCACUCGAUCAUCCUUCCUGCUCAGUCUGUGGGGAGGGAUUUGCUCGAAAAUCUGACCGACUGGCAUGCCCAUCAUCUUACACAGGGGGGAAUCAAUUCACCUGCUCAGGCAGUGGGAAUGGAUUCAGUUGGUCAUUUCAACUGAAGGUGCAUCAACGAGUACCAUUUACCUGUUCUGUGUGUGAGAAGGGAUUAAGUGGGUCAUCCCUCCAGUGGACACACCAGUCAUUUCACAUUGGGCAGAGGCUGGACAUCUGAAUUUAUGGGGAAGGAUUCACUCGAUCAUCUGUCCUAAUGGCUCACCAGCGAGUUCACACCAGGGAGUGGUCGUUCACCUGCUCGGACUGUGGGAAGGGGUUCACUUGCUUAUCUAAACUGAAGGUACAUCAGCGAGUUCACACUGGGGAGAGACCAUUCACCUGCUCAGACUGUGGGAAGGGAUUCACUCAGCCAUUUCACCUCCAGAGACACCAGUCAGUUCACACUGGUGAGCGGCCAUUCAUCUGCUCAGUCUGUGGGAAGGGAUUCACUCAGUCAUCUCAUCUGAAGGUACAUCAGCUACUUCACACUGGAGAGAAGCCGUUCAUCUGCUCAGACUGUGGGAAGGAAUUCAUUCGGUCAUCCGACCUUCUGGCACACAAGUCACUUCACACUGGGGAGAGUCCGUUCACCUGCUCAGAAUGUGGGAAGGGAUUCACUUGCUCAUCCCAACUGCAGGUACAUCAGCGAGUUCACACUGGAGAGAGGCCAUUCACCUGCUCAGACUGUGGGAAAGGAUUCACUCAGUUAUCCCAACUGCAGGUACAUCAGCGAGUUCACACUGGAGAGAGGCCAUUUACCUGCUUAGACUGUGGGAAGGGAUUCACUCAGUCAUCUAAACUGAAGGUACAUCAGAGAAUUCACAGUGGUGUGAGACCGUUCACUUGUCUAGACUGUGGGAAAGCAUUCACUCAGUCAUCGGAUCUACUGGGACACCAGUCAGUUCACACUGGGGAGAGGCCGUUCAUCUGCUCAGAAUGUGGGAAGGGAUUCAAUCGGUCAUCCGAACUGAAGAUACAUCAGCGAGUUCACACUGGAGAGAGGCCGUUCACCUGCUCAGACUGUGGGAAGGGAUUCACUUGUGCAUCUAACCUGAAGGUACAUCAGCGAGUUCACACUGGUGAGAAGCCAUUCAGCUGCUCAGACUGUGGAAAGGAAUUCACUCGCUCAUCUGAACUGAAGAUACAUCAACGAGUUCACACUGGAGAGAGGCCUUUCAGCUGCUCAGACUGUGGGAAGAGAUUCACUUCCGCAUCUAACCUGAAGGUACAUCAGCGAGUUCACACUGGCGAGAAGCCAUUCACCUGCUCAGAUUGUGGGAAGGGAUUUACUUGCUCAUCUGAACUGAAGGUACAUCAGCGACUUCACACUAGGGAGAGGCCGUUCACCUGCUUAGACUGUGGGAAGGGAUUCACUCAGUCAUCUAACCUGAAGGUACAUAAGCGAGUUCACACCGGGGAGAGGCCGUUCACCUGCUCAGACUGUGGGAAGGGAUUCACUCAGCCAUAUCAACUGAAGGUACAUCAGAGAGGUCACACUGGGGAGACGCCAUUCACUUGCUCAGACUGUGGGAAGGGAUUCACUUGCUCUCCUAAACUGAUCGUACAUCAGAGAAUUCACACUGGAGAGAGGCCAUUCACCUGCUCAGAUUGUGGCAAGGGAUUCACUCGGUCAUGUCAACUACAGAGCCACCAGUCAGUUCACACUGGAGAGAAGCCAUUCAUCUGCUCAGAAUGUGCGAAGGGAUUCAGCCAGGCAUCUCACCUACUGAGGCACCAGUCAGUUCACACUGGAGAGAGGCCAUUCACCUGCUCAGACUGUGGGAAGGGUUUCACUAAAUCAUCUAAACUGAAGGUACAUCAGCAAGUUCACACUGGGGAGAGGCCAUUCAUCUGCUGAGACUGUGGGAAGGGAUUCAUUUGGUCAACUCAACUACAGAGACACCAGCGAGUUCACACCGGGUAGCGGCCAAUCUCCUGCUUAGACUUUGGGAAGAGAUUCUCUCAGCCAAAUCAAUCAAAUGUGCAUCAUUGAGUUCACAUUGGGGAGGGACCAUUCACCUGCUGUGAAUGUGGGAAACAAUUCGCUCAGUCAUCUAACCUUAUGUAACUCUUGUUUUGGCUAGCAGCUUAAUAGAGUGGGUGACAGCCCCCCCAGCCCAGUCAAACUUAAGAAAUCUCAUUUGGGUGGAUGCUGCACAAUGCGUCCCCUGUUACAAAUCAGUUACCCAAAGUAAUAAAGUGUACACAAUAUGCAAUUAAACAAUUGAGCUUUAUAAUUCUUACUUUGACAAUAGGGUUAGUGAAAUAAACAAAAAUGAUAAAGGGACCACUCUCGCCAUUUGCUUGUGCCACACUGCUGGCACACUGGGGAGAAAGUUUCAAUCAGCUGCAUUCUGGAUAUUUGUCCAUCAUUUUUGUUGAAUGCAAUUUUGAGAAUGGCUGUCAGUGCUGAACUGUGCAAUUAUUGCUGCUACUCACCACACCCAGUUCUGCACCCUGGUCACUGGGCAUGGGAGGAGUUUCUUCUGCAUGUUCAUCUUUAAUGCAACUGGAGUUUAAUAUUCUGAAUCUGUGACAAAUAAAUCAGUUCUAUUUUAAAUUCUGGCUCUGGUACUUAGCAAAUUACACACCUAGUGUAUAGUAGAGAGUCAACUCAGGCUGGCUCCACUCUGACAGUGAUUCUGUUCCACAGCAUUCCUUUUAAAUCCUCCCCUGUUGUUCCCAUCUCACUCUCCCUGUGGUGAUGGGUUCUAAACAGUCAGCACUCUGUGAAUGCAAAUUCCCUUGCAUUUUCUGCAGACUGAAGAAGACGAGCUGACUGCAGUUCUCUCUGACAUGUUCUUCACCCCUUAAAUUUCUGGGCUGAUGGAGAAUGAUAUUGGGAGUUACUCCUUAUUCAGGGCUCAUUUCCAUAUUAUGAGUCAUCUUCCCUGCUUCUGAAGGGUUGUUGAAAACACCACUGUUCGCUGAAGACUGCAAGCAGGAUGGGAAACCAUUAGUUGGAUAUUCAACAGAGCAGGGUCGGAAACCAGAGGCGGGUCCACACAGGACAGAGUUUGGGGAUCUGGAUGAUGGUUAGGGUAAGAACAUAUGAUGAAGAGAAGGGAAUCAGCAGCAGGACAUGGCAGCAAAUCACAGAAUAGCAACAUUUGGAAGCUGACUGGCAGAGAAAAUUUUUUGUCUGACUGAUGACACAAACAAUGCCUGUGGUGAUGUGCUCCACUGGUUGGGAGCAUGUGUGUUUUUCGAUGGUUAUAUCUAUUGAGGAAGUUGUUCCUGCUUGUUUAUCCUGUGAUAUUAUAUCUGAAUGUUUAUUAUGGAUUGUCUUCUCUGAAAUAAUGUAUUGAUUAUCAUAUGAUUUGUAAGAUCUUGAACCGAAAACUGGAUCACGCUUGAAUUUAUGAUGCCUUUAUGAAGUGAUGUAGGGCAUAAAUCAGUUUGUAUUUUAAAGCAAGGUUGUGGUAAAUGAUAUUUGCCACUUAACUAAUCAGAUUGAGUUAAACUGCUGCAGGUUCUUGGAAUAUGUUGGAUUGUGUCUGGUUUCAACUGGCAUUUUCUGCAUUUAUUGCCUUGUUUAUUUGUAUUGUAUAACAAUUUUUGAUUUUUUUUCGUACUUUCUGUUUUAAUUGUUGUCCUGUAUGAACCCCUCUGUUUCUGGGAAGUGGUCUUCAGCUCUCAGUCAGGUGCUUGAUGCUUCUUUGUCACGAUCUGAUCUGCUCAGAUCGUUGGGAUGUCUCCCAUGGAGGGUUAUACUCAUUCCACUGGUUAAUGUUUUCUUCCAUAGUGAUGGUUCAUUUUUCUGAGUUAGCCUCCCAUUUAAGUUUUCUGUCUGUAUUUCUUAUUACGAUUGCAUAUACACACACAGAGUGCUGAAUCCUGUUCAUUUUUAAUGAAAAUAUAUACUUAUAAGUUUUA